AUGCCUUUUCUCCGAAACUUGUACCGUACGAUUGCUUCCCCGUUCGGCUAUCUCUUCGACCCUGGCUUCAUGUACCUGGUCGCAACCUUUUUCCUGUCCAUCUUGAUCAAGCCUGUAUGCAUCGCGGUUGGUGCCGCCCUCGUCCACCGUCACGCAGAUAGCCUACGACCGCUUUUCGACAUGAUCAACAUCGAGUCCGACGGCCGCACCUACGUCUUGAAAGUUGGUAGCUUCUGCUUUAGCCUCAUCUCCAUGGACAAUUUGGAGGUUCUGCGCAGCUACUGCUACGAGCCCCUCAAGGAUUUGACCGAUACACUUGGACCCUUGAUGGACCGGCGCUCUGGCUUCUUCUCCAGGGAAACUGGGGCGUACCAAACCACGUUCACGUCUUUGGGUCUGCACGCUAACUUUUUACCUGUGGUAGGCAAUAGCAUCUAUCACAACGCCAGCAGCAUGAUUUGGGCUCUGGAGUUCUUGGUGAAGGGCGCGUGGGAUAUCCUCCACGAGGUGUUUCCCAAAGGGAGGGACGAGAUCGCUGCGGUUUUCGCGCUUCUCACCUGGAUACUUCUGAAGUACAUUACUACUGUGAUGAAGUUGAUGCGGUGGUCCAUCUUUGCGGUGGUGGUCAUCCGGGUCAUGCUCUUAUUGAUCGGAGCGUAUUAG